AUUUUAAUACUAAUCAAAUUAUUUUUCACAUCCCUAGUUAGUAUAGAUAGGUUAGGCGGCCGAAAUGGAGAUAUUCACGGCCGUUUAACUUAAAAAAAAAAGUUAGGUUAGGUUGUUGUUGUGUCAAAUAUAUGAUUUCAUGUUUUUUUUCAUAAACCAGUUUAUGGCCAAAUCCUGAGGGAGCCAUCACGGAAGAAGUCUAAUCUAAUCCCUCUAAAAAAGUUAUAACGUGUUUAUAAUUUCAGAUUUCUUUGUAAUUCAUGUGAUUUUUUCAAUAUGCCUAAAGAACAGUAUAGAGAAACUUAUGUAGGAAGAAAAAUUUCUCAUGUCACAUUCAAUGUGGAUAGCCCUUCAGAUAUACAAAAAGCUGCUCAUAUUCAAGUCAUUACAAAGAAUUUAUAUGCACAAGAUGGGCAAAGAGUUCCAGCUGCUUAUGGUGUACUGGAUCGACGUAUGGGUACUAACCAAAAAGAUGCCAAUUGUGACACAUGUGGACUCGGACUGGCGGAGUGCGUUGGUCACUAUGGCUUCAUAGAGUUGGCUCUACCCGUGUUCCAUGUGGGCUAUUUCCGGUCCAUAAUUACUAUUCUGCAGGCAAUCUGUAAAGAAUGCGCUAAAGUGAUGUUACCUGAUACUAUAAAGAAAACAUUCCGUCGCAAGUUCAUGAACCCUGAACUAUCGUAUUUGCACAAGAAGAAUUUACGUGCAGCAGUAUUGAAAAAAGCUAAGACUUGCACAAAGUGUCCGUCGUGCAACGAACUGAAUGGUAUUGUGAAGAAGAGUGCGGGGGGGAUUCUGAAGAUUAUCCAUGAUAAGUAUCGGACGAAAAAACCCACAGAUCCACUGGUCAAAAGAGUACUGAAAGAUUUCAAUGAAGCAAAGGAAUCUAAUAAAGAGUUAGCUUUGAUGAUAAACAGUGGACUUAUCAUUGAAUUGAGUCCGUUGGAGGUUCUGAACUUGUUCCGUCGCAUCCCAGAAGAGGACAUCGCCCUUCUAGGCAUGAACUCCAGGUUGUCCCGGCCAGAGGACCUGAUCAUAACACGAUUGCCCGUACCACCACUAUGCAUCCGACCCACUGUGGCUUCCGAUAUCAAAGCUGGCACUAACGAAGACGACCUCACGAUGAAGCAAUCCGAGAUCCUUCUCAUCAAUGACGUUAUAGCUCGCCACAUCGCCAGUGGUGGCAAAUGCGAACUCAUACAGGAGGACUGGGAUUAUCUGCAGUUACACGCGGCCCUCUAUAUCAACAGCGAGCUCUCUGGAAUACCGCUUUCUAUGCAGCCGAAGAAACCCGGGCGUGGUUUAGUGCAGCGAUUGAAGGGUAAGCAGGGCCGCUUCAGAGGAAACCUGUCGGGCAAGCGAGUCGACUUCUCUAGCAGAACGGUCAUCUCACCGGACCCCAACCUGCAGAUACAGGAGGUGGGUGUGCCAGUGCACGUAGCUCGUGUCCUUACGUACCCGGAACGCGUGUUUCCGGCCAACUUGCAAUGGUUGCGGGCGUUAGUAUGCGCCGGACCGGAUAACCACCCGGGUGCUAAUUACGUCCAGCAACGAGGACUCAACCACAAGAAGUACCUCAAGUACGGCAACCGGGAGAAGAUCGCGCAGGAACUCAAGUGUGGAGAUAUCGUGGAGCGCCACCUGGUGGAUGGUGACGUAGUGCUGUUCAAUAGACAACCGUCCCUACACAAGCUGUCUAUUAUGGCGCAUAGGGCAAAGGUGCAACCACAGAGGACCUUCAGGUUCAACGAAUGUGUGUGUACGCCGUACAACGCAGAUUUCGACGGAGACGAGAUGAAUAUGCACCUGCCGCAGACGGAGGAAGCGCGAGCAGAAGCUCUCAUACUAAUGGGGAACAAGUCUAACCUAGUGACGCCUCGUAACGGCGAGCUUUUGAUAGCGGCGACACAGGAUUUCAUAACGGGCGGGUAUUUGAUUACUCAACGCGACACAUUCCUGACUCGCUCGGAGGCACAACAAUUGGCCGCGUGUCUGCUCGCGGGACCAGACGCCACUCUCAAUAUUGACAUGCCCCCACCCGCUAUACUGAAGCCGAGGAAACUGUGGACCGGCAAGCAGAUAUUCAGUUUGAUAAUGAAGCCGAAUAAGAAAUGUAAGGUGGAGGCAAAUCUGGAGACCAAAGGCAAGAACUACACCGGCAACAACGACAUGUGUGUGCAGGACUCGUAUGUAAUAAUAAGGAACUCGGAACUGAUCUGCGGGUCGAUGGACAAAAGCACCCUCGGUUCGGGCACUAAGACCAGCAUCUUCUACAUCCUGCUAAGAGACUGGGGUGAGGAGUUUGCCGUGAGAGCCAUGUGGAGACUGGCGCGCAUGGCUUCAUACUACAUGAUGAACCGCGGGUUCAGCUUCGGAAUCAUCGAUGUGACCCCAGGCCGACGACUCAUCGAGGCGAAGAACAAGUUGCUCGAGACCGGUUACUCAAAGUGCGACGGCUAUAUCCUGGAAAUGGAGAAAGGCACAUUGCAGUGCCAGCCCGGCUGCUCCAUGGAGGAGAGCCUCGAGGCCGUCAUGCUCAGCGAGCUGAGCAGCAUCAGAGAGUUGGCGGCCAAGGCUUGUUUUCGCGAGCUCCAUCCCACCAAUGCUCCACUGAUCAUGGCUCAAAGUGGAUCCAAAGGGUCGAACAUCAAUAUAUCGCAGAUGAUAGCAUGCGUGGGGCAACAGGCGCUGAAUGGCAAGCGCGUGCCCAACGGUUUCGAGGACCGUUCGCUGCCACACUUCGAGAGACACUCCAAGAUUCCCGCUGCCCGAGGGUUUGUGGAGAACAGCUUCUACUCGGGUCUGACGCCAACAGAGUUCUUCUUCCACACGAUGGGCGGCCGCGAGGGACUCGUCGACACCGCCGUCAAGACUGCAGAGACGGGCUAUCUACAACGGAGACUUGUGAAGUCGUUGGAAGACCUCGUGUUACACUACGACAUGACCGUCCGGAACGCUACCGGCGAAGUGGUUCAGUUCCGGUACGGAUCCGACGGACUCGACCCCAGCUGCAUGGAGGGAAGGGACCGGCCCGUCGACAUGACGCGAGUGCUGAGGCACGUGAGGGCGCACUCUCCGCACAGGGACGAGGAGGCACUAGAUGGCGACGGCAUCGAGCUGGCUGCCAAGGAGACGCUAGCGCUGGACGACUUCAAAAGUUGCACCGACGAGUUCAAAGCGGAACUACUGGCCUUCCUAAAAGGGGUGGCGGAUAAAGUGCGCGUAAUCCGCGCCAAAUACGCGCAUUGCGGCCGCAUCGUCCAACAGUUGGAGCGACUGAGUCUCACGCAACUCGUGCAGUUCCUACGCACCUGUCAUCACAAGUAUCAGCGCGCCGUCAUCGAGCCAGGCACCGCCGUGGGCGCGUUGGCCGCACAGAGUAUAGGCGAGCCCGGCACUCAGAUGACAUUGAAAACGUUCCAUUUCGCGGGCGUCGCCUCUAUGAACAUAACGCAAGGAGUUCCGAGAGUCAAGGAGAUCAUUAACGCCUCGAGAAACAUAUCCACGCCCAUCAUCACCGCUGAGCUGGUGCAGCCCGAGGACCAGGAGUUCGCCAGGAGGGUCAAGGGACGGAUAGAGAAGACCACAUUAGGAGAGAUAACGACGUACAUAGACGAGAUGUACCUGCCCAGCGAGUGCUUCCUGCUGAUCCGGCUGGAUGCAGAGCGCAUCAAGCUGCUCUGUCUGGAGGUCAACGUGCACUCCAUUAUCUACUCCAUCUGUACGUCCAAAUUGAAAAUUAAGCCAGGCAACAUCGAAGCGGUGUCCGAGUGGGCGAUCAAGGUCCGCGGCGAGCCGGCCAAGAGCGGGGGCUGGCUCAACGUGGCGCUGCAGCAGCUCGCGCGACAGCUGCCCGGCGUCGUGGUCAAGGGGCUGCCCCAGGUGGCCCGCGCCGUCAUCGCCAUAGACGAGGGGCCCACUUCCAGGUACAAGCUUUGCGUUGAAGGCGACGGCCUGCGUGACGUGAUGGCUACUUACGGCGUCGACGGCAGAAAGACCACUUCCAACAACAUUCUUGAGGUUUACCACACGUUGGGCAUAGAAGCAGCUAAGUCCACGAUCAUCAGCGAGAUUCAGGCGGUAAUGGCCGGGCACGGAAUGAGUGUGGAUCGUCGUCACGUAGAAUUAUUAGCGGGACAAAUGACAGCAAGAGGGGAAGUGUUGGGAAUCACUCGAUAUGGACUCGCCCGUAUGAAGGAAUCGGUGCUUAAUCUGGCUAGUUUCGAGAAAACUGCCGACCACUUAUUCGACGCGGCGUACUACGGUCAAUGCGAUCGCAUCGAAGGCGUCUCCGAGUCGAUUAUCCUGGGAGUACCGGCAGCCUUAGGAACCGGGGUACUGCAGCUGUUACAUAAACACCCAGCCGCGAAUCUGCAGCCUGCGCCCGCGCAACUGUUAUUCGAUAGGCCGGAGUUCCACACCUCCAUUUGGGAGUGAUAGUUUUAUAAGGAUAAUAAAGUGUAUAUAUUUUGUUCA